AUGUUCAUGGCAUUGCCUAGAGCUGUCAAAGAGCAGGGAUUUGAGAGAGUGGUCGCUGAAAUGGCCAAGUUGUUGGCACUUGACUCAACUGCGGGUAGGCUCAGAGCCUUGACAGAGUUGAGGAAACUGAGAAUACGGCCAAAUCAGGAUGUUUCGGAAUUCUGCGUGGUUCUAGGAAAGGCUGGGGCAACAAGCAAACCCAGGAGCGACAAUAGAGGACCGGUCGCUCGAAUAUGCCCAAAUUCUCUUGGACAGUCUCAGAGACUGGCCAGAGCAUUUCCAGCUAGUGGGAGUGCACACAGGGUGGAGCCACACAGGGCGUAUGAUGAGGUAAAACAGCUGGCUCUUAGCAUAGAGCAAUCGAAGCUAAUGCUGAAGGCUAACAGAAGGCCUCCCAAUUCUAAUUGGAAGAACAGAUUCGCGCAGUACCGGGGAGCGCAGGAGAGCAAGAGCGUAGACUAUGGAAGGGGUGCAGCCCGACAAGAGUAUGGUAGAAUGGAAACACGCAGAGGGGAAGAUAGUGAACGUCAUGACAGCUUCCGGAAGAUGACGCAACUAAGCAAUGCAGGCGCGAGACAGGGUAGUGAGGUCAAGAAGUGCUAUAAUUGCUCGCGGUAUGGCCAUAUAGGACGCGAUUGUCCUCAAAGGGUCACAAGGGUGAACCAAAUUGAGAAGAAGGAACAGAAGGAAAAAGGGAAAGAAGCUGCCGUGUCAAGCAUAAUUCACCAGGCACGUAGUUUGGGGAUGGCGGUGAAGGGUAAGGAACGGAUUGAAAGUGCCCUAAUCGGGAACAAGUUAGUAGCGUCAGUACGUCUACUUGAUGGGAAGAACCCAGCAUUGAUCGACACUGGGAUCAAUGAUCAGCAUCGUACCGGUGGAGGUGUUAGGCAAGGCAUUAGGAUAGAGGAUUCGACGUGGAUACCUUGA